GCAAAGACUCUGUAUUUGAGUGGAAGAAAAAAGCGGGAAGUGAGGCUGAGGUGUGAUACACUAUUGACUAAGUCAGAAGACCUGAACAACAUCUCACGGUAAAGACAGAUUGCUUCACCAUGUCCAACCAGCCUCUACCACUCUCUCAGGAGACCUUAGCCCAAUUCAAUCGCUCCCAGUCCACAGAACCAGGACCCCCAGGACCUCCGAGGCGACGUCUGGCCUCCAUUUCCACUCGGCGAAGCUCAAAAGACCAUUCUAAAGACCACCCGCACCCUAGACCACUGUUCCUCCGGGCCAUGACGGGUCCUUCCUCCGAGUCCUCGUUCAUGAGCCCAAGCGUGAGCACCUCUCAUAUGUCCAUGGGCAAACGCUUCUCCUUCGCGGGUUGGCAUCAGGGCGGAAGGGUGAGUUUUUCCGGACUGUACCUUCAGCAGCCUAUCCAGGAAGUGUAUGUGGAGAACACCUACAGAACAGGGCCCGAACCUAGCUGUCGCUUCAGCGCCAGAAGGACCCAGCAGAUCUUACAGGCCACUCUGGAUGCGUAUUUGGAAGGUGUUUGUUACAGUGCUGACAGUUGCAGCCAGCUGUGUCAGAUGUUGGCGGAUCUGGUGCUCAGUAAGCUGAAAGAUGUCAAUCCGCCACGGUAUAAACUCGUGUGCCAGGUCGUUGUCGGGCAGAGCGGUGAUCAUGGUGUAAGGGUGGCCAGUCAGAGCCUGAUCAAUCCCAACACUGACAACUACACAUCCGCCGUUUUCCAAAACCACUCACUGUUCGCUGUGGCUGUGGUGCACGGUGUGUACUUUGAGUGAAGGCCUAAUCCUCCUAAAUUUA